AUGUCACUCCUCCCCUUAUUCCUAACAAUACAUCCUAUAUCCCCUUUGUCGAUCUUAUCAACCUUACAUCUCCGACCCGACUCGGAUUAUUCCCUCACUCUCAAGGGAAUCGCACCGUUCGUGGACAUCUGGGUAUCACUCAACCUAGCACGGACGAUAUGUGAAUCUCUCAAUGUGGAGAGAUUAUUCCGGGACGAGAUGGAUCCUACUAAAGGGUUAUUGAGCAAUAUCAUGGGGGAGAUACAAAGUUGGGAUGAAGGGUUGGCUAUCGGACACAACUGGUUACCACCUUCCACACAAUUACCCAAAUCAGCCUAUUCUCUCUCUACACUCCUAUCAACACCGUUAACGGGAGUGGAUAUAAUUCAAGAUAAUCGUUAUAUUACCACUCCUUUAGAUGACGGUAGUCGAUCUCGUAUGACAAAAGAUGCGGAGACACAUAAUCCGAGUAAGAUUAGAGAUGGCAAAUGGCAUGAAGCAUGGGAUGGUAUCAUUGCAUUAUCAGACUUGGCAUGGAACGAAUUCUUGCUUUAUCCUUCAAUCCCACCUAUACCAGAUAAAUCCAGUCAUAUUCCCCAAUCCCAUCCCAUCGAGACAAACAUCUUACAUACGAUCUUACCGCUCAUUCCAUCAUUAAUCAACCACGAAAGUCCCUUACCCACAUAUCCAUUCAACCUGAAUGAUUUACAGAUCUUACUAGAUUCAAAACCAUUGCCUUCUAUCAAGCCAUCAAUAUACUCUGUGGUAUCGUCCCUGAUUGUAUCCAGGAUACAGACGGAGAGAAUGGUUAAAUUGGAAGAGAACGAAUAUAAAGCAAGGUUGAAAAUAUGUCUUGCAGAAUGUCUAGGUGGAAUCAUGAUAUCUACCUUGCUGUCACAAUUACAUUCAGAAGACGAGACUGUUUCAGGAAUAGCAAGAGGAAGGAGAAGAUCAAGUGAUAAAGGGAUUUAUGUCUUUGUUGAGAAACCUGAUCAUUUCGAUUUAACCGAUAUUGACCUCUCACCAAGUAGACAAAGACAACACGAGCAGCAACAGCAACUCCAUGAUAAAAACCAGAAGAAGGAAAGAGAGAUAACUGGAAGUGGAAGUCAAAAUCGAGAAAAGCACCGACACUACCAGGACCUCAAAGACAACUGGAUGAAAACCAUUGAAUCGUUAGAAGAACGAAGGGGUGCAUCACCACCUCAUCAAAAUCAACCGCAUAAGGAUCUUGUCGAGGGAAAGAGAGGCUCACACGGCAUUCAAUCCACUUCUAAAUCCGAUCGUCCUGACCACUCUCCUUCGCCUCUCAAGGAGAAUAAGAGGAAGUCUCCUGAAUCAGCUCAUCAUCAAUCCCUACACCAAACUCCGCCUUCCCCUCCAACAUCACAAGAGCGAAAACCAGGAAACAUCUCAUCUGAUUCAGAGUCGGAAUCAACGGCCACACCACCUCAUUAUCGAGUUAUCGAAUCCAUCGAUCAAUUUCCUCUGGGUGAUUGGAGUUGGACCGGUUCAAGUAAAUUGAUGUUAAGUGAGAAUCAAGAUGGGUGGCAGCCUUAUAAGAUUUUGGGGAUUGCGAUUUUGUUAGGGUGGGUGUUAGGGCAUUGGCAAGUGUUCUAA